AUGGCUCCCAAGCGGCCGCUCGAGGCUGCCGACUCAGAGUCUGCCUCCAAAAAGCCCAAGCGCGGUUUCAGAGUAGGGCCCGACAAUUUGCCAGAUGGGCCGUGGCGACGAAAAGUUACCAAAAUUAAGAAAGACCUCAUCCACAAGGCCAAGGUCAAGAAGGAGUAUGCAAAGAUCAAGUCGCAGGAGCCGCGGCAGAAGCCGCAAAGGAAACCCGUCAGGCAAGACGACUCAGAUGACGCCGCCGCGGACAGCCAUCGCGAUGAGGACGCCGGCGCGUUAAAGGACCGAAAGGCGGACCACGCUACAGAGGCAGCAGAUUCCGCUGCGGAGAAGAUGCACCCCACGCGCGAGCUCAUGCUUAAGGAUGAAGAGAAAGCACAGGCCGGCGCCGGCGCAGAACCCGAGGACGGGCAGGGUCCAAGCGACGGGAUGCGCCGCAGGACGAGGCGGCCGGGCUACUACGACAAGCAGCUGAGGAAGGCAGACGAGAAGCGCGCCGAAGCAGAGGAGCGCGCAAAGGAGGCCCAGCGUCGCCGCGAGGAGCGCGAGAGGAAGCUGGCGGAGCGGCAGCGUUUCAAGAAGGCCAUGGCUAAGACGCGAGGCAGGGACGGCAAGAAGAAACUCGGGCGGGAGAGCACGAUACUUCUCGACAAGGUGAAGAGGCUCGUUUCCGAGCAGCAGUGA